AUGCAGCCAAACCUGGAGAGUCCGGUCGGGCCCCGUCCCUGCUGUGUCACGCUGCCGCAGCCGGGUGUGCCGACCCCGUCGGAACACCAAACCGAGCUGGACGAGGAUGCGACCGAGUCGGCCGCCGCCAACUACUACCAGUCCGACUUCAGGCAGGCGUUCGGCGGCGGCGGCGGCGGCGUGCUAGACGGCUACGGCCCGCCGUCCGGCUACGGCGGGUCGGCCGGGCCGUACCGGCCGGCGGAGCGGGCGCUGCACGAGGAUCCGUACAGCUUCACGGACGACUUCAGCGAGCCGGCGGGCAAGCCUCCUGGGCAGCCGCCGCCGCCGCCGCCGCAGCCGUCGUCGCCGCCGCUGCUGCCCUUCCACUUCCCUAAAAAACGCGGCCGCAAGCCGAAAAAGCUGCUGGAGGCCAUGGCGGCCGCCGGCAUGGAGGUGCCCAAGUAUAAGACACCCGUGCGCAACACGGACCCGAGCAAGCCGCGCAAGAAGCACGACCGCUUCAACGGCCUGUCGGAGGAGGAGCUCUCCAAGCUGACGCUGCCCGACCACCUGGCGCCUGGACUCGACAUCGUCUUCAUCGGCAUCAACCCGGGCCUGUUCGCCGCCUUCAAGGGUCACCACUACGCCGGCCCCGGCAACCACUUCUGGAAGUGUGUGUACCUGGCGGGCCUGAUUCCGGAGCCGCUCGGCGCCGAGGACGACUUCCGGCUGAUCGAGCUCAAGAUCGGCUUCACCAACAUGGUGUCGCGCACCACCAAGGGCAGCCAGGACCUGACGCGGCGCGAGAUCAAGGAGGGCGGAAAAGUAUUACUCCAGAAGCUUCAAGUGUUUCAGCCCAAGAUAGCCGUAUUUAAUGGCAAGGGCAUCUUCGAGAUAUUCUCCGGGAAGAAGGAAUUCUUGUUUGGAAAGCAGCCUGAGAAGAUCGAGGGAACUCAAACGAACAUCUGGGUGAUGCCGUCGUCGAGCGCCCGCUGUGCCCAGCUGCCGCGCGCGCUCGACAAGGUGCCCUUCUACUCGGCGCUCAAGAAGUUCCGCGACCACCUGAACGGUGAGAUCGCCGAGCUCGACGACUCGGAGAUCACGUUCGAGCCGCCGAAGCCGCACCUGGCGCGGCGAGAGAAGACGGCGCCGGCGGCCGGCGACGGGCCGCCGCCGGCGCCGCCGCCGCCCGGCGAGCCGGCCGCCGAGGGCCUCACCGUGCCCAUCAAGAAGAAGCGCGGCCGGCCGCGCAAGAUCCGGCUAGACGAAAACGGCGUGCCGCUGCCGGUGACGGCCAAGCCGCGGCGCGCGCCGCCCGCCGCCGCCGACGGCCAGAAGAAGCGCGGCCGCCCCAAGAAAGCCAAACUAGAGUCGGAGCCGGCCGCGCCGCCGCCGCCGGCCAACGGCGCGCUGCCGUCCAUGUACGAGCUGACCAGGGGCGAGUCGCUGAACCCGGCGCUCAGCGGGCUCGGCAUGAACGGGCUGACGUCGGCCGGCUACCCGACCGGCUUCCGACACGGCUCGUUCUCGCCGCCGUACGGUCUGCACCAGAUGGCGCCGCAGCCGCAGCCGCCGGCCUACCUGCAGCCGCACGCCGGCCGGCUCGCAGUCGCCUACGGGCCGGCGGCGGCCGGCAGCCACUACGGCCACUCGCCCGGCAGCCAGUACGGCCAGAGUCCGGCAGCGUCCGGUGCCUACAGUCAGUCACCGGCCGCCCAGUACAGCCAGUCGCCGGCCGCGCAGUAUAACCACUCGCCGGCCGGGCAAUACAACCAGUCACCGACGGGCCAGUACAACCAGUCACCGACGGGCCAGUACAACCAGUCACCGACAGGGCAGUACAAUCAUUCACCAACUGGGCAGUACAACCAGUCCCCGAGUGGCCAGUACAACCAGUCGCCGAGCGGGCAGUAUAACCAGUCGCCGAGCGGGCAGUACAGCCAGUCACCGGGCGGCGGGUACACGAUGUCGCCGGCCGCGCAGUACGGCAGGUCGCCAUCGGCUGGCUCCGGCUACCGGCAGAGUCCAGGUGUGCUGAGCGCGGCCAACCCGGGCUCGCCGGCCGUCAAGAAGGGCUCGCUGACGACCGAGGCGGGUUCGGACGAGCCGAGCCUCGGCCUCACGCCGCCGCCCAGCUCUCCCUCGCUCGACCAGCCCGACUUCGAGGCGCCCGCUUCGAUGCUGGCGCCGGAGGCCAAGGAAGAGCCGGCAGAGCUGACCGCCUCCUCGGCCAGCCAGCCAAGCUUCUCCGGCCCGAGCACGCCGGCCGACGCGCCGGCCACGCCGUUCCCGGCCGCUAGCGGCGCGCAGGCGUCGCCCGCGCACUACGCGUACGGCUCGGCCGGCGGGGCGCAGGCGGGGCCCCUCGACUUCUCGCAGCAGCAGCAGCAGCACUUCUCGGCGGUGGGCAACAUGGCGGGCGGCAUGUACCCGUACGGCGCCUACGGCUCGCCGGCCGCCUACGGCUCGGCUGCUCCCGGCUUCCCGUACUCGGCGGCGGCGGCCGGCUUCCACGUGCCGACGCCCCGCUUCGCCUACCCGUCGCCGUACGGGGCGCCGGCCUACCACCAGGGCUACACGCAGCAGGCCGUGCUGGAACGCUUGAAACAGGAGCAUAUGGACAUGCGCUUCGGCGGCUUCUAG